AUGAGUAAGGCAUAUAACCUAGUGGAAUGGUGGUUUUUGGAGGCAGUGAUAAGGAAAAUGGGGUUUGAUGAGAGAUGGAUCCGUUUGGUGAUGAUGUGUGUCUCUUUAGUCCAUUAUGCGAUUUUGAUCAAUAGGGAACCUUGUGGACAUAUCACUCCUACGAGGGGUCUUAGGCAAGGAGAUCUUAUUUCUCCCUAUCUUUUUCUCAUAUGUGCUGAGGCAUUGAGUUCCAUGGUGACCAAGGGGAAUAGGGAUGAGCUCUUAUCUAGGGUGCCCACUUCUAAAAAAGGACCCAAGAUUAGCCAUCUAUUUUUUGCAGAUGACAAUUUGUUGUUUUGCAGGACUACUCUUGCCCAACGAAGUAAUUUGUCGGCCAUUCUACAAAUUUAUGAGGAGGCAUCGGGGCAAAAAAUGAACAACAACAAGACUUCAAUUUUUUUCAGCAGAAAUACUCCUGUGGGUGAAAAGGAGACUAUUCUUGAAUUUGCAGGGAUUCUAGCUACUUCUAGAUAUGAAAAGUAUUUGGGAUUGCCAGCUCUGGUGGGUUGUUCUAGAGUGAAAGCUUUUAAGAGUAUAACAGAAAGGGUGUGGAAACGACUUCAAGAUUGGAAGUUACGAUUCCUUUCCCAGGCUGGGAAGGAAAUACUCUUGAAAGCAGUAAUCCAAGCUAUCCCUUCGUAUUGUAUGAGUAUAUUCCUCCUUCCAAAAUCUUUGUGUUCCGAGCUCAAUUCCCUUAUGACAAGGUUUUGGUGGGGCCAUAAGGAGAAAGAUAGAAAAAUUGCAUGGUUGAGUUGGAGCAAAAUGGGGGUUCCCAAGGAUGUUUGGAGUGGGGGAUGUAGUAAAUUCCAAAAAAGCUCCUAUGAUGACCCAGACUUCUUGUGGGUUGUAGAAGGAAUGUUGGAAAAAUGUGACGAGGAGGAAUUCCAAGUUUUUGUGGUUAUAGUAAGAAGGCUUUGGCUAAGGCGUAAUGACUUCAUAAAUGAGGGCUCUUUCACUCCUCUAGACGAUAUUCUCAUGAAAGCAAGGGCGACUAUUCAGGAGUUUCACCAAGCUUAG